AGUUAGAAUCCACAUUCACAACCAGCAGACUCAAAGGUUACAUCAGAAAGGAUGCCUCUCUGUAAAAACUCUGAUAAACCAAAGCCAGGAGAUCUGAUUGAAAUUUUUCGAAUUGGCUACCAGCACUGGGCACUAUAUAUCGGAAAUGGCUACAUCAUUCACUUAGCUCCACCAGGGGAGUAUGCCUGUGCAGGGUCAUCAAGUAUCAUGUCUGUGUUUACGGAGAAAGCAGUGGUCUGCAGAGAUCUUCUCGAGGAAGUGGCAGGAAAUGACAGGUAUAGAGUCAACAAUAAAUACGAUUCAAGUUCUGAUCCUCUUCCUGUGGACAUCAUCAUCGAAAAUGCAAAGAAGCUGAUUGGGGAAGAACUGCCUUACAGCGUAGUGAGUGACAACUGUGAACACUUUGUCACCAGAUUAAGAUAUGAAGUUAAGAAAUCUGAUCAGGUUGGUAUUCUGUCUCUGCCAGCUCUUUUAAGUCACUUUCAUAGCUGA